AUGUUCUUAUCUCAGCAAAAAUAUGCCACUGAAAUUCUUGGGCGUGCUAAGAUGCUAAAUUGCAAACUAGCUCGAACCCCAGCUUAUACUUCAGCCAAGUUUGAUUGCACAGGACCACCGGUCUCUGACCCUACGCUCUAUAGGAGCCUUGCUGGGGCUCUUCAAUAUCUCACAUUUACGAGACCUGAUAUCACUUAUGUUGUUCAACAAGUUUGUCUCUACAUACAUGAUUCCCGAGAGCCUCAUUUCACCGCUUUUAAGCGUAUUUUGAGAUAUAUCCGUGGUACUCUUGAUCAUGGUCUCCAGCUAUACGCCUCUCCAUCCCGUGGUCUCAUUGCAUAUUCUGAUGCCGAUUGGGCUAGUUGUCCAUUUACACGUCGCUCCACAUCUAGUUAUUGUGUUUUUAUGGGUCAGAAUCUCCUCUCAUGGUCUUCAAAGAGACAGGGUACCAUUUCUAGGUCCAGUGGCAAGGCUGAGUAUCAAGGCGUUGCAAAUGCAGUUGUCGAGACAUGUUGGUUGUGCAAUUUACUUCGUGAGCUUCACUAUCCUCCUCUCUCUGCUACUUUGGUAUAUUGUGACAACGUCAGUGUUGUUUAUUUGUUCACCAAUCCUGUUUAG